AGCCAGAGUGGCCAUAUCGUUAGCAGCUAACAAGCUUGGUAUCAUCCCUAGCCCCACCUUGUAGUUGGGUGUGUUUUUAGUUGUUUACGCAUAAUUUUUUUUAGCUUCCAACUGCUUUGCUGUAAGAAAGUGAGUGUCUUGAACUAAUACAAUGCGUAAUUUGGGAAAGCAGCAGUCGCAGGACACCACGGACACGGCCGUCGAGAAGGGCGACUAUCCGCGUGCAACGAAUGGAGUUGUGUUUGGCGCAAUAAUAACAUUCGCCAGCUUCUUUGUGCUUAUGAUGUCCUUCUGUUCGCCGUAUUGGAUUGAAUCCUACGAGGAGACACGCAGCAACUUCAAAAACAUGGGCAUUUGGCAAUAUUGCUUUAAAGACUAUGUGCAUCCAAACCAGUUCCACAAGAAGUUCACAGGCUGUCACAAUGUAUUCUCUCAUUACUAUUAUGUGAUACGUGCAUUUUUGCUGCCUGGCUGGCUGAUGGCUGUGCAGGCCUUCGUCACCAUGGCCUUUAUAAUUGUGUUCUUCGUCCUGGCUGUCUUGUCGAUGACCAUUAUACGCCUGCCAUUGAAGCCAGUGCUGCAGUAUGAAUGGCUGCUGGUACGCCUCUCCUACAUUGGCACGGGCAUAGCAUCACUUUUUAUGUUCUUGGCUGUGUGCAUCUUUGGCGGCUGUGCCUAUCGUCGUGACUGGCUGAUGUAUCCCAAAUUCAAUGUGCUUGGCUGGUCCUAUGCUCUGGCUGUGGUCUCCUUCAUGUUGCUGGGCCUGGCUGCACUCAUUUUGCAUCGCGAAUCGCGUCAGGCGUACGAGGCGCGUGGUGAACAAAAGAAUCUGGUUAUGCAAAUGGAAAUGCAGGAGCCGGGCUAUCAGGCACCGCGUCAUCAUCACAGUCAAUCGCGCAGUCUGCAGGGCUACAUAUAGUAAAUGUUAGCCGCGCGACAAACAUAACAUAACAAAUAAUUCCAUUUUAUACAAAACAUACCAAUAUUUAUGCCGUCCUGACUCGAAUUAUCACUAUCUCUUAAUUGUAAAAGAAUCUCGCUGGAACAUAUUUAUGUGUCUUAACAACAAAAUUCAGUGCCUUGGUAUUUGUAGUGCAAAUUUUCUAUAUACUAAUUUAGAACUGUAGCCGUCCAAAACGACACAAAAUGAAUGCAUUUGGCAUAUCGAUUAUACAUACAUUUAUACAUUUUACAAACAAAUAUUCAUGCACACAAAACUACUGUGUAAAUCCAUCUAUAACUCUUUUAUAUGUAUUAACUUCUAUUAUUGUGUAAGUCAUACAAACUAAUUGUAUGAUCAAGCGAAAUAUACAAAAACAACAACA